UGUUUUGCAAAAAUGAAAUAAUAGCAAACAUGUGAUCCUGAAACUUUCUUCACUGAAUACGUAUCUUAGAAUCUUUAUUUUUCUUAUUAUUCAAAAUAAUUCGUUUUUAACCUACUACUUACUCAUCAUUAAAUAUAGUUAUUUAAUCCUCUUUUAAAACCAUUUGAAUUGUUUUAAAUUUUGUCCUACUGCAAAUAAUUUCAUCAUAUUCUUUUAACCUAUAACUGCACAUAUGUUUUAGUAUUUCUGUAGGUUAAAUUUUUGGAAAUGGUAUCAGAUCAAAAAAGUUAACAUUAAAGUCAUAAUCAAUAUUCCCAAAUGUAGACACAUUUUUGAAUCUUCAAUUUAAUCACUUUCAUAAAAUUUCAACUUUCCUUAAUAAUACUUCCAAUUUAAACUAAGGAGCUUUCAUUGUUUAGGAACACAAAGAUUUCUAUCAGAGGGAGGACAAAACGUGAAAUAUUUUGUUUCGUAAUUUAUUUGUUGCAAAAAACAUCACUGCUGUUUGGAAAUUGAGAAACUGUCCAAACAAGUACACUAGGGACAACAAAUGUGAACUGCCUGUCCGCACUGAGGUUUGAGAGCCACAGGAGACUUGAGACUUCUUCUAAGACAGUUUAAAGAAGUCUCAUUUAUUUGUCUUUUUAUACAAUGUAGCAAAUCAAUAUAUUAAACAAUAUAAGAACACCAAGUUUUCUUACAUAUAAAACUAGAGUAACCUAUCAAACAAAGCUGUUCCACGUAACUGAGAACUCAUUAACCCUGAGGUCCUAGGACUAUAUGAAGUCAGUGCAAUAGCAGGCGAUAGCCUGUCAUGUGCAACUAGGGCUGCUGGUGGGGAAAAGUACAACAUCCCAGAUUCGUCAGCGAUGUGGCUGGAUUGUUGGGUGUGAGAAAUGCACCAGCCCUGACUCAGAGAUGCCCUCUCUUGCUCAUCUUCCUGUCAUUCUGGUGCUGAACACCUGUGCCCACCCAUAGUGACCUGUGACCGAGGGCAUGGGCACAAACACCUUCCCUAUCUCCCUGUCUUUUUUCUUUCCCUCUUUUCCCUUUAUUCAUUCCACUAUCCUUCUUCCUCCCCCUCACAACCCCAACUCUUUUCAUAUCAUCAACAAAUGACAAGUACAGGCCCUGAGGAAGACACAGAUGACUAAGACGGAGCUUCUGCCCUUGAAAAGCCCCUGAUCUAGUCUGGGAGACUGACAUAUAAUCAGAGGAUCAGAUAGCCUGAUGAAUACCAUGAUCAUGUGCCUGACACCUUAGAGUAAAGAAAAUAUGGCAACUCAUGUUGCUAGGAGGAAUCAGGACAGCUUUGCAGAGCACCAGGCAUUUAUGAUGUGUCUGCAAGUUCAUUGUCUUUGAGUGUAGGAAACCACCGUUGGAGCAUAUAGGCUGGACCUAGGAACCCUGGGCUCUGCACCAAACACAGGUUCCUGAAUGGAAGAUAGGUGACAUUGUCACUGUCCUCAGUCCCUGCCCUGGCUUGCCUAGAAGGCAAUAAAUUAAGUUGUUAUAGGUGGUGUGUACUUGUACCUAAAGAUGUCACUGCUAGCUGAGGGGAAAUAAGCCCCUGAAGAUUGUUAGGGCAGUGAAAUUAUUCUUUAAGAUACUGUUAUGGGAAAUAUAUGACAUAAUGCAUUUAGCAAAGCCCAUAGAACCGUACAACACAGGGACUAAAUCCUAAUACAAACUGUCGAUGUUAGUUAAUCAUAAUGCAUGAAUAUUGGUUCAUCAGUUGUAACAGAUGUGCCACACCAACACAAAAUGUUAAUAAUAGGAAAAACCAGAGGCUGGUGGGGAAAGAGAGUAUACAGGAACCCCAUAUAUUUUGCUCACAUUUUCUGAAAAACUAAAACUGGUCUAAAAAUCAAAGUCUAUUAAUUUUUUUAAACAUGAAACAGUAUGUCUGUCUUAUAUUAGUUCCCUGCCUUUGUGAAAAUAAGAGCAGACUUUUGGUUUUUCUUCUUUAGGACAAGAAUUAUAUUUUUAUAAUAACUCCUCCAUUACUUUUGAUAUAUCUAAUUAUUUCUUUAAUAACUGGAUCAAACACUUUAAUAUUAAUGAAGGUAGAGCCGAUAGGAUAUCCUGGUAGACUGGAAGAGACAGUGAGAGAAACAGAGGCAUAAAGGAUGAUGCUGAAGUUUUUGGCUUGAGCAAGAAGAAGCAGGGCUGGUACUAGGGUGAGAUGUUGAGGGCAUAAACUUUAAGGAGGCCCUUGCAUAGCCAUGCAAAAGCAAGGUCAGCACUUCCUUGAUGCUCUGAAUGCCUUAAAGAUUGUGCCUAAGUGGUUAGCUUACUUCACUCUUGUCCUAGUCCUGACUGGAUCAAUGGUAUCACCAUCCACUGAGUUGGGGCAGGCUGAGCAGAAGCAAAUUUGGGGAGGCUGGAUUGAAUAUAGAAGCUUGGUUCCGGACAUGUUGACUUUGAGAUGGCCAUUGAACAUUCAAGUGGAGACAUCCGGUCGUCAGCUGGAUCUCUGAGUCUGUAUCUUAGGAAAAAGACUGAGACUAAAGUUAUGUAUUUAGAAGUUAUCACAAGACUAGAUGAACUCAUGAAGAAAGUGAAUGUGAAUGGAUAGUUAGAUAGAUAAGGGAAGAGUUUCAAGGCCUGAGCCAUGAAAUACUUCUAUUUGUCAGAAAGAAAAAGAGGAGCCAGCAAGGAACCUUGAAAAAGAGCAGGCAAUAAGAGAAGGAACACUGGCAGUGUAUAUUCCUGGAAGAUAAGACAAUGCUUCAAGGAGUAGAGAGUAAUAAAUUGUGUUUCAUGCUGCUAGAGUUGAGUUAGACAAAGCUUGAAACUAGAACUUUGGUGUUAGCAGCAUUGAGGUCAUCGACGAUGUUGACUAAAACAGUUUUGGUGGAGGGAUGAUAACAGAAGCCUGAACAGAGUGCACUGAAGAGAGAAGAAGAGAGGAGAGAAAUUUGAUUCUGCAUAUACAUAAAACUCUUUCAAGGUCUUCUUUUAGAAAGAGGAAGGAAGAUAGAGAGAAAGACAGACAGACAGAGUGAGAGAGAUGAGAGAGAAGCCAGAGGGGGAAGAGAGGUCCAGAAUUUAAUACUUUCCCAGUUUUUCCAACUUGCAUCUCAACCCCUUAUGUCUGGGUUUUAGCAGUGGAUGCUUUGAGAUUCUAAUAUUUAUCUCCUCAGAAGGCGAGAUGCAGAAGAGGAGAUAGGAAAUUGAGAUAAUAACUACUUUCUUCUGAUGGGUGGGAAAAAUUCUAUAUGAGAAUUUUUCUACCAAGACACAUGUGAAAGGAAGUGGCAACAUGUGGCAAUUCAUCUAAGAUCAGCAACUUUUUUCUCUGUUUGAAUUUGUUCAUUUGGAAGGUAUUUGUCUAGCUCUGCAACAGAAUCAUUACUUGCUCUACCAACUUUUCUAAAGUCUCACAUGCUGAUGCCAGUUAAGAAAGAAUACAUUUUAGUCUGUCAACUUUUGCUUACAAAAGAGGAUCUAAAAGUGUGUUCCAAGGUAAUUUGAACAGACUCUUUCAAGAUGGUGCAUAUUUUAGUAGGUCCACAGAACAGUAAAUAUAACUUGAUAAUCACCCCAAACAUUUCUUGAAUUGGAAAAUCGAAUUGGCAGGUUUGCAUAAUAAAGGGCUAAAAUUAUGAACCACACAAGAUUUGCCUGAAACUUGAUUGUUCAGGCUCACAAUUCUCUACUGAAUACUCUUGUGCUUGCUUUUGUAUUUAUCCAUUUUCAUGUAACUGCUUAGAGCAGACAUUUCUUUUUUAAAUCUUUUUUCAUAAAAAUAAAUUUUAAUAAAUAUGCCGGCGGAUGGUAGUGAUGCCGACCCUACCGAGGAGCAGAUGGCAGAAACAGAGAGAAACGAUGAGGAGCAGUUCGAAUGCCAGGAACGGCUCAAGUGCCAGGUGCAGGUGGGGGCCCCCGAGGAGGAAGAGGAGGACGCGGGCCUGGUGGCCGAGGCCGAGGCCGUGGCUGCCGGCUGGAUGCUCGAUUUCCUCUGCCUCUCUCUUUGCCGAGCUUUUCGCGACGGCCGAUCCAAGGACUUCUGCAGGACCCGCAACAGCGCAGAGGCUAUUAUUCACGGACUAUCCAGUCCAACAGCUUACCAGUUGAGAAUGAUAUACGUAUGUCAGCUUUUGACAAGAAUUGCAGCAGGAAAAACCCUUGAUGCACAGUUUGAAAAUGAUGAACGAAUUCCACCCUUGGAAUCAGCCCUGAUGAUUUGGGGUUCAAUUGAAAAGGAACAUGACAAACUUCAAGAAGAAAUACAGAAUUUAAUUAAAAUUCAGGCUAUAGCUGUUUGUAUGGAAAAUGGCAACUUUAAAGAAGCAGAAGAAGUCUUUGAAAGAAUAUUUGGUGAUCCAAAUUCUUAUAUGCCUCUCAAAAGCAAAUUGCUUGUGAUAAUCUCUCAGAAAGAUACAUUUCAUUCCUUUUUUCAACACUUCAGCUACAACCACAUGAUGGAGAAAAUUAAGAGUUAUGUGAAUUAUGUGCUAAGUGAAAAAUCAUCAACCUUUCUAAUGAAGGCAGCAGCAAAAGUAGUAGAAAGUAAAAGAACAAGAACAAUAACUUCUCAAGAUAAACCUAAUGGUAAUUAUUUUGAAAUGGAAACUGAAGCUAAUCUGGAUACAAGAAAAAUGUCUCACAAGAAUCUUUUCUUAUCUAAGUUGCAACAUGGAACCCAGCAACAAGACCUUAAUAAGAAAGAAAGAAGAGUAGGAACUCCUUAAAGUACAAAAAAGAAAAAAGAAAGCAGAAGAGCCACUGAAAGCAGAAUACCUGUUU